UCGAAAUAGACGUUCCCUCGUGCGUCGCCGCUUGGCUUGAGCUGUCGCUCCUUCUCGGGGAUGGUGAGGUGAUUCGGAGCAUGAGCUGACACAGAACCUAAACCCCAAAGCAACGCUGGACUUUCAGAACGCGGAGAAGAAGACACUCGACAUUUCUCGCAGUUUCAAGGAUGUUCUUCCCAAAUGUGCCUCCACCCAUCAAUUAUGCACUCGUGUUGGGAAUAACGUGUCUGACGGUCUUCUGCAACUUCACCAAAAGUUCCUCUGAGUUUUCAGGUUACCUGUCCAACGUGUUGAGAAACUACACCGAGCAGGCGGGCGACGGUGACUUCCUGUCGGUCCACUGCCCGCCCCGCACCACCAUCGCUAUCCAAUCGGCUUUCUAUGGCAGGAGUGGCCCCUUCCACCCCCAGCAGGGCCCGUCCUACCACAGACCCACCCUUUUAGGGACACUCCCACUGGAGGAUGACUUGCAUUGCUACAUUUCCACAGCACUACAGAAAAUGUUGGAUGAGUGCCAGGACAGGAGGAGCUGUAAGGUCCUUGUCAACAGUCGUCUCUUUGGGAUGGACCCGUGCCCCAGCAGCAGCAAACACCUCAUUGUGUGGUACAACUGCAGGCCUAAUGAGUAUAAGAGUAAGGUGGCGUGCGAGGAGGAGCGAAUGAGGCUGACCUGUAAACGGGGAAUGCAGAUCGCCGUCUACUCGGCCAUGUUCGGUCGAACCCAGCAGGGUACCCUGGAGUGUCCUACCCACCACAGGAGGGCGUCGUCCGUAGUCUGCCAGUCGGGUGUGGCUCUCCAGGUGUUGACGACACGUUGUCAGGGGAAACAGAGCUGUUUCGUCCAAGCGUCCACACAAGAGUUUGGGGACCCCUGCUACUCGGGCACCAGGAAAUAUCUCCGUGUCAUCUACGCAUGUGUCCCAAAGAAGUUGCUGCUGCAGGACCCCAGAGUGGCAGUGUACCCCCCGUCACCCAGUGCCCAUGACCCAAACGUGGUUGGAGACAGCGCCCUCCCUGAUGGUACCUCGGUCAUAACCUUGGAGUCUGUGCUCUCAGGAAAGAAGAAGCGAGGGAGGGAGUUUGGUUCCUACUCUGGGGAGGUGAAGACAAAUGAGGGAGGAGUGGAGGACAAAGCCCCCCGGCCGCCGGACAUGAGCCCUGUGAUCAAUGCUACAACUGUCAGCACCGACAUGUCCCUUAUCAGUAGCUCACUGGCAGCCUUCAACUAUAUAGCAGACCACCCAGAGCGCGCGGCGCUCUACUUUGUGUGCGGCGUGUGCCUGGGCCUUCUCCUCACCCUGUUUGCUCUGGUGGUCCAGAUCUCGUGCCGCACCGACUGCCAGCCUCGCCGCCGCCGCCCCGGCACCACCACCAAGAACCGCCUGCGGCCCACCGACUCCUCAUCGGACUCCAGCGACACAGACUCGGACUGGGAAACCACGUCGGAUCUAUCCGCGCGCCGCCACCGCCGCUUCGAGCGCACGCUCAACAUGAACGUGUUCACGUCUGCGGAGGAGCUGGAACGGGCACAGCGGCUGGAGGAGAGGGAGAGGAUCAUACGAGAGAUCUGGAUGAACGGUCAACCCGACACACCCGGGACGCGGAGCCUCAACCGCUAUUAUUGAGGCAAGAACAUAAAUUAACCACUACUAGAUCUAGAUGAACCCGGGACGCGGAGCCUCAACCGCUACUAUUGAGGCAAGAACGUAAAUUAACCACUACUAGAUCUAGAUGAACCCGGGAUGCGGAGCCUCAACCGCUACUAUUGAGGCAAGAACGUAAAUUAACCACUACUAGAUCUAGAUGAACCCGGGACGCGGAGCCUCAACUGCUAUUAUUGAGGACCGUAAAUGAACCGCUACUAGAUCUAGAAAGGGGGCUGUGAAGGUUGGAGUGCAGUACUUGAGAUGGGAUGUGUAGGACCACAAAAACACACUAGGGUUUGGGGAUGGGGGGAAGGGACCCCACCACCGGACCUGGUUUUCGGAGGUGUGCAUGAUAACAGGACCACUUUGGACUGCGGGGGUUUGGAACCGCACGAUGGAACAGAGUGACGCUUGCAGACCAGGAAGGAUAAAUAUCCCCCUCUGUCUGUCGGUCAGUCUGUGUCCGUGCGGGCACUGUAAAGCAAAAAAAAAACUAUGUUAAUGCAGUGAGAAUAAGCUCCUACUUCUCAGCAUGGGAAGCUUGACCCGGAGCCUGCCUCUCAUUGGUGGAGGAUGAAGGUGAAAGGUCAGCUAACUGCACUGCCUCACAUUUGACCUCAUCGCACCCUCCUGAAGUGGAGGAUCUUGAGAUACUGAGACUGUGAAGUCUGAAAGGUCAAAGGUGACUUAAGGACAGUUGCCAAUGUUACUCCAGUGUUGCCUAGUGGAUAUUGAGAAUUGGGCAAAUCUGAAAGCGUGCAGCUUGCUUUAUGCUCACUCACCCUCCAGUAUUCCAAUGGUCGAAUGGCUUUAGGAGAGGCGUAACACUUACAGUUAAAAGGACAUUGUGACACUCAAAGUGAACACUUACAGCGUAACACUUACAGUCAAAUUGGACAGUGGGACAGUGGACCAACAACGUCACAAUCUUUAAGAGGAAAAUGACCAUGGUCAACCAACACUGUCUCUUGAACCCAAAAUGUUUUUUGUUUUUUUUAAUUCUUCUCAAACAUUUUAUGAAAUCUAUUUUAUAUAAUAUUUAAUAGUUGUAUUGUUGUGUAUUUUCGUCUUUAUGGAUAUUAUUAUGACAUAUUUUUAUACUGCUUUAUCACAACCUGUCUGGCACCUCAGGGAUGCAAUCCUCGGGGAGUCCAAAAUGGCACCCUAUUUCCUUUAUAGUGCUCUACUUUUGGCUAGAACCUUAUAAGGCUCUGGCAAAUCUCUGGCUAAAAUUAGUGCACGACAUAGGGGCGGCAGGGUAGCCUAGUGGUUAGAGCGUUUGGACUAGUAACCGAAAGGUUGCAAGGUUCGAAUCCCCGAGCUGACAAGGUACAAAAUCUGUCGUUCUGCCCCUGAACAGGCAGUUAACCCACUGUUCCUAGGCCGUCAUUGAAAAUAAGAAUCUGUUCUUAACUGACUUGCUUCGUAAAAUAAAGGUAAAAUAAAAAAUAGGGUGCAGUUUUGGAUGUAGCCCCUAGCGUUUCUUUGUAUGGUAGUUUCUAUUUGCUUCUUAAGAAGAGGAUUGGGGGCCAAAUUCAUUAAGCUUCUCAUUGUAGGAGUGCUGAUCUAGGAUCAGGUCCCCCAUGUCCAUGUAAUCUGAUUCAUUAUGAUAUAAAAGGCUAAACUGAUCCUAGAUCAGCACUCUUAAUCUUGAGUCACUUCAUGAAUACAGUCAAUACUAUACAAUACUCCAGAUGUGUCAGCAUUUGAGCAUUGGGCCAGUAACCGAAAGGUUGCUGUAUAGGAUCCCCGAGCUGACAAGGUACAAAUCUGUCAUUCUGCCCCUGAGCAAGGAAGUUAACCCACUGUUCCCCGGGCGCCGAAGACGUGGAUGUUGAUUAUGGCAGCCCCCCGCACCUCUCUGAUUCAGAGGGUUUGGGUUAAAUGCGGAAGACAUUUCAGUUGAAUGCAUUCAGUUGUACAACUGCCUAGGUAUCCCCCUUUCCCAUUUAUAAAAUGAAAAAACACCAUGUAAAACACCUCGAAGAGGUCGUGAUUUAAUAAGCUUAUUUUUUAUAUGUUUUAAUAUGCACAGUGCAGUGGCCUACCUGGCAACAAGGAUGUCUAUUGGUGGAGAAGGUAACCCAGUCAAGCUGUUAUAUUAGAAUCCAUCAAUCAAUUGCAAUAAUCUUUUUCUCACUUUGUCAAACAGGCUUGUGUGUGUGUUGUCCACAUGAAAAUGGCCAGGCUGGCCCUAGAUCAGUUUUGUCAUGCCAGUGGCCAUAGGACUUGUCUAGACAGCACAAAAAGAUCUAGGACCACAGGAAAUGGCCACAGAACAAAAUCCUGUUCAUUUGCCUACCAGUGAAAGAGCUUCCUAAAUAUUACUGUGGUCAUCACUACUAGGGUUAACCCUCACGUGACACUGUUGGGCUGUCAGGUAUUAUUGUAAUGAUCAUGUUGUUAAUAAUAUAAGCUAUUAUCAAUAGAGUUCAGUUGCACUGGGUGAACCGUAGGAAUCAUGGUUUAUCAAAAGAAGUUUGGGAUUUUCUUGCAUGAGAGGUGCAAUGAGAAGGCAGAGACGAAUCUUCACUCCCAACUGCAAUCCAUUAUGGUUUUUUUUAUUGAAAAAGCUUGUGUUUCAGUUUGAAUGGGACAGAAAAUAUGCCAAUACAAUAGCUGGUAAGUGAGACCAAAAUAUGACUCCUGUGCUUGGAAUAAACUGUGUUGA